UGUGUGCGGUGAAACAUUCAAUGAAACAAAAUGAAAAUUUUAACUUGUCUACUUAUUUUGUAUGCAGCAGGACGCUCAACAUCAAUGGCGUUCGAUAACUCAAAUAUAAAUGAUCCCGAAGCCGAGGACAACAGUGAAGUUUUGUGGAAAGUGUUAUACACCAAACUGAAUGUUAUCAUGCAUGCAACGGGCAAGUUAGGUCAAAGCAUUUCGGAUUUGCAAAAAAGGCAGCAAGAUCAAGAGCAACGUACUAAGGACUUUUUGGAAAGUAUGAAUGCGGAUGUCAAAAAGUAUAUGGAUGAUAAUUUUGCGGAAUUACAAAAAACGCAAGUUGAGCAGGAAAGCAAACUUUUGGACAUUGCCCAAAAACUGGAUGAUUAUCAUAUGGAAUCCAAUCAAAGAUUCGAUGAUCUCACCUAUAGACAAAAUAACCAAGAAGAUUUAAUAUUGGCCAUCAACAAUCAAACUCAAAGUCAAUCCUGGACCACCAUUUUACAACGUUUGGAUGGUUCGGUUGAUUUCUAUCGCGAUUGGGAUCAAUACAAAGUGGGCUUUGGCAAUCCACCAAAUGGUGAAUUCUUUAUUGGCCUUGACAAGCUGCAUGAAUUGACCUCUGAAAGUCCCCAGGAGUUAAUGGUGGUGAUGCGUGAAUGGAGCGGUGAAAUGGUACAUGCUCACUAUGAUCUCUUCAAAAUUGCCGGAGAGAAAGAGAAAUAUGCCAUUACCUCUCUUGGCAAUUAUAAUGGUGAUGCUGAAGAUGCCCUGGACUAUCAUUUGGGUAUGGCUUUCUCAACCUAUGAUCAGGACAACGAUUUAUCUACGCGUAAUUGUGCCGAGUACUUUAAGGGUGCCUGGUGGUUUAGAUCAUGUUAUGCCAGCCAUCUGAAUGGUCCCUAUCGCUUGGAAGCUGCUGCCCAGCAGGCUGGUGUUAGCUGGGAUAAAUGGAAGAAAGACUAUUCGUUUCAAUAUGCGGUAAUGCAAAUAAGGCCCAAGACCUUCUGGAAACCAAUUCAAGUAACUGAAGAUGAUGAUAAUAACACCAACAACAAUUAAUUUUUGAAUAAAAAAACUAAAAAAAAAAAUUAAUAAAAAUCACAGCUUGUAAAAUUGAAAAUUUGCAUCGG